AUGACGUACGAAUACGUACAUCAACGUCAGCAGCACGACAGCAGCUCCGACAUGGACACAGCCCUACUGGUGCCUGAUGUCACAAGCAUCCCCAUGCCUUUACGAGCAGAAUCUCUUCGUAAACUCGAGGUAGUGGGGUCCUGCAACGGCCUCGCCUCGACCCAGCAAGCCUCAGGGGCCUCUGACACGGGCGAGGGGGGAAACCGGCGCAGCUCUCCUGCUUUCUCGGCAGCCACAAGCCGCGCAGACAAAGCAGAGAAUGUUGGGGAAGAGAACGACGAUCAGUCCCGGACAUCGGGCUCCGAUCUGGUCCCCACCACCACAGACGACAGCGACGAAGAGGACACCUCCUCGCUCGCCACGGACGAGACGCCCGACCACCUGCAGCGACACGCUGACUCCUUCUUGAGUGUGGACCGUGGUUCUCUGCUCGCUCCUCCCGUGGAGGGCGGGAAGAAAGUCCUGGUCACGGGCGGGGCCGGAUUCGUAGGUAGCCACGUGGCGGACCAUCUCUUGAGCCGCGGGGACGCCGUCGUCGUGGUGGACGAGUUCAACGACUACUACGACACCUCCUUGAAGCGCGCCAACGUCGCCCACCUCCUGGCCAAGCAUGGGUCGGCGCGUUUGCGGGUGGUGGAGGCGGACAUAUGCGACGCGCAUGCGAUGGAACAACUCUUCAUCACAGAGCGGCCCCGUCACGUGGUGCACAUGGCGGCGCGUGCUGGGGUGCGGCCGUCCAUCGAUGAUCCUUUCAUCUACAUCCACAGCAACAUGCUCGGGACCACGCGCUUGCUGGAACUGGCGCGCAUCCACGGCAACGACUGCUUCGUGUGGGCGUCGAGCAGCUCGGUGUAUGGGGGGUCGAGCCUGGAGGAGUUCGGCGAGGACGACUACGUGGACAACCCGGUCUCUCCCUACGCGGCCACCAAGAAGGCCUGCGAGCUCAUGACCCACACCUACCACUCGCUCUACAAGAUGAACGUGACCGGCUUGCGCUUCUUCACGGUGUACGGCCCCCGGGGCCGGCCCGACAUGGCGCCCUUCAAGUUCGUGGACCGCGUCUCCCGCGGGCUGGAGAUCCAGCAGUUUGGAGACGGAUCCUCCUCCCGGGACUACACCUACAUCGACGACAUCGUCGACGGCGUGGUGCGUGCCCUGGACCGGCCGUUGGGCUACCAGAUUUUCAACCUGGGCAACGGCUCGCCGUACCGCUUGUCGGACUUUAUCCGCCUGGUGGAGAAAAACGUGGGAAAAGCGGCGGUGAUCAAAGUCCUGCCGGAUCAGCCGGGGGAUGUGCCUAGGACGUGCGCGAACAUCAGCAAAGCCCAAGAGCUGCUGGGUUAUCAGCCCAAGGUGUCGUUCGAAGAAGGGAUCGCGAGGACUGUCGAUUGGUACAAGGGUUGGAGGGCAGAGAAGAGCAUGGAGGCGGAGAAAGAGGAGAAGAAAACCGGGGAGGGAAAAGCGGGAAAGAAGGCGGAUAAGAGCACGAAAGGCGUGCAGCCGGGAAAUAUGGCGCGCGUAGCGUCGGCGGCCUCGGUCUUCAGCCAGGGAGGCUUGAGCGGUUAG